AUUUGAGCGGGUCCUCAGCAGCUGGGGUGGAGCUUUGUAAAUUUCGACACAAGCUAACAAAAGACAGUUGUAGCUUCAAGUUGGGACGUUAUACGACAACGUGACGCAUUAUUGUUUGGAAAUAGUGCCCUGGGGCUUAGCUUGCCUUUGUAAAAUGCGGUAAAGUACCGCUUUAUUUUUUUUCGUCGUAAUGAUUCACCGCCGAUCUCGUCUUUCCAAAUCAAAGUGACAAGAUGUCCAAGCGUGAGGCUUUCGUUGAAGCCGCCUGCAAAGAAAAUGUAGACGACUUCUUAGAUCUCAUCCAGCUUCACAAGAACAAAAUGGACCCGUUUGACGCGGAGGAGGUGAUGCAGGAGAUGUCCAGGGACCAGCGCGAGGCUCUGUGGGGCAAACUGGCCUCGCUCCUCCGACACUUUCUCCUGGAGGCGCCCCCCGAACGCUGGGAGGAGGCCACAGAUGCCGAUGUUGAUGUUAAACGUGCCAAGGCCGUUGUGGCCGGUGUGACGCUUGUGGCCAACGUGUCCCUGAAGGUCCUGCAAGAUGGUGACACCUACAACGGCCUUCUCCAAAUUAUCCAGCAACUUCACAAUGUUCUGCUGUUGCUUCCCGUGACGGAAACGCACGUGCUGCUCCACAUCCGCGCACUGUGCGAGACCUGGUGGAAGAAAAACCUCAGGCAGAGAGACAAGUUCGGUCACGCCGCUUUCGUCAUCGCUUUGAAGAAGAGCUUCCUUUUGCCCAAACCGAGUCCUGAGCUCCAAAGGCUCUGGAACCUCCACCAGGUGCUCUUGAAUGUGGACUACGCGUCCGAAGCUGGCGAGCAGCUGGGCAAGGAGCUGCUGCAGUGUUUCCUGCGGCCCCCCUUCAUCUGUAACGACGACGGCAAGAGGUUGAUGGUGUUUCUCUUCAGCUGGCACGUGGACUUCAUCCCGCUCAUCCACGGCACCAUCAAAAAUCAGCUGCAGUUUUUUAACACGACGGUUGUGUCGCACAUCACGGAGGUCUAUUUCCGGGCGUGGAAGAAGGCCAGCGGCAGCUUCCUGGAGACGAUCGAGAGCGAGUGCAUCCAGGACCUCAUGAAGUGCGCCAUCUUGAUCCACAGGUCGUCGCCCAUCCGCAACAAAGUCCAACAGAUUGUCUUCUUUUUCCACAAGAAUAAAGCCUACACCCCAGUGGUAAAGAUGCUCAGUGCCCUCUACAAGCCCAUUCUUUGGAAAAAUCUCAACGUCCCAAAUUUUGAAGUUCGCGCCAACGCCACAGUGCUGUUCACGGAUGCCUUCCCCAUCCUUGACCCCAACCAGGAAAUUGAACUGGCCCUUCAAAAGCAGCUGGACAUGGUCAUGGCGCUGCUUUUCGACAAACACCCCUGCGUCCGCUGCAACGCCAUCCUGGGCAUGUGCAAGAUCCUCGCCCGGUGCUGGGAUUUGCUGCCGGCGGUCGUCAUCGUGGACUUCCUGAAGAAGUUCGAGGAGCUGGCGGGCGACUGCAGUUCAGACGAGGUCCGCUGCGCUGUCUUCACGUAUCUCUGCAUGGUCUUGGACAAUGUGCUAAGCCACCCCAUGCUGGAGAAGAUGAUGCCCCGGUUCAAGAACAGCCUCCACGACAUCUCGGAGAAGGUCCGCGUGGCUUUUGUCGACUUGCUUCUCAAGUUCAAGGCUGUCCGUGCGGGCAAGUUCUGGGAUGUGUGCAGCCUGGACCACCUGGUGGUCCGCCUGGCCUCCGACAAGCCGCACGUGUCCAAGCGCCUGGCCGCGCUGCUUUUCGACUCCUACUUCCCCGCCGAAGCCUCCGAGCGCGACUUGUGCGGCCGCUGCAUCUCCUUGAUCCAGAUGAACCCGAUGGCGGCCCGGAAGUUCUACCAGUAUGCCCACUUGCACACCGCCCCUGCUAAUAUAGUGAAGUUGAUGAUGGCCAUCCGACGUAUACUGAACAAAUGCAUCCCACGCAACGAUGACGACUCAGAGCUUACUGACAGCAACAAGGAAAACAGCAUGCCUCUCGGUGAAAAUCCGCUGGGACUGGAGAAGGACGCGAUUGGCAGUCUGAUGGAGGUGGUGGUCAUCCUGUGGAAUACGAUCAACAGGACGCUACACCACAACGAGGAGACGCAGAAGCAGGUGUACAACCAGUUCGCCGCAGUCAUGCCCAAGUACUUCAGCGCCUUCACGGAUGAGCAAUGCCAAGUUGCCCUCAUCCAAAUGGCGUCCUUCAUGCCUGCCAGCAUGGUGCCAACGUUUAGCUACGGCCUGCUGUCCCGCUUGAGGAAGAUGGAUGCCGACGCGCAGCCCUCAGCGUACGGGCAACUGCUGGACUGCAUGUGCAGUUGGGGCAAGACAGCCGGCGUCAUUGAGCUCAUCAGCGACUGGCUCUCCGAAGCUCUGCCCAAGACCCGAGGGGAACGUUCCAAGCGGAAGGUGACCAUCCAGGUGACCAUGGAGGCCAAGCCGCAGCUUGCGCUGGGCUACUUGGACUACCUGCUCCUCCAUCGGUCCACUCGGGACAAAGUUCUGGCGCUCAGUCAGGGGCCACUCAAGCAGCUCCACACGCAACUAGGGAAGUGGAAGUCGCUCUUGUACUCUCACCUCAGCUCUUCCACUCAUGGGCUGCCCGGUGCAGACUUGGGUCUGAAGGUCUUCACAUUUCACGCCCGCCUCAGUGUCCACCUACAGCACAACCUGUCCGAUGGCCGUGAGUACCUGGGGUGUCUGGAAGACACAGCGACGUGGGUGGGCGAGAAGGUGCUGCCCUUCCUGCCCGACAGCAAUCAGGGAGACGGCGAUGAUGAGGCAGAGCGGUCCAGGGCGUUAGCGGCAGAGAUAACCAAGAGCUUCCUGUCAGUGUGCACGGACACGCUCAUCUGUUUGGCCGAUGACAACUUCAAGUAUCACAUCCUGCACCUGUGCUCGCUUGUCGUGCUCUCAGAAAAGGGCUACCUGUGCAUUCCCGCCCUGCUGCGAGUUCUAAAGGAGUUGACGGAAAGUUGCCAAUUGACGGAAAAGGGGCAGGAUGUCGCCACCAAGUGUCUGGUGGCGGUAGCGAACAUAUUCCAGAGUGUUAUAGAACUUUUAGCUCGUCUAUUUAAGAAAGAGCCAGAAGAGGGGAAACUGCUGUGCCAGUCGACUUUGAGCGUCCUCGCGGAUUUCCUGCAAGUGGCUCAAGCCUGUAAUCUCAGCGGGAUCUUUGACACCCUUUUCGCCAUUGUCGUCGUGGAGACCAGAUACGCCCUCCAGAAGAUGACACACCCCGAACAGGUGGUGACUCCAGAGACCACGGAAGACUUGCCCCCUCUGUCCGGGAUCCUCUUGUCCGUCAUCCUCAAGUCGCCGAGAGUCGCCAAGGCCUUUUCGGCCGAGCUUCUCUCCUCCCUGGAUUCAGACACCUUAAGCACGUUGACGGAGCUGGCCGCUGUCGUGCAAAUCCUGGCGGUCUUGUGCCAUGCGGGACAGUCCAACGCAUGCUUGAAGAGAGCCGGCGUAACCGUGCAGCGGCAGAUGGGCACGCACGCAGAUGCAGACGGUGAUGUGCAGAGGGCCCUUUAUCAGUGUUCUGUGACAACGCUCAAUGAAUUGCUGACACAUUGGGCUGACAAAUAAAAUACUUUAGCCCUCUGGGGUGAUUCCAUUUCUCUAUCAAAAGUAAUUAUUCUUUUGCAUGUAUACGUCCAAUGUUUGGGAGGGUGAUAAAAAUGUUUUUGGUGUCAUUGUGUUACUAUCCUGUGAUUAUAAGAUUUGCCUAAAAUAGCUUCUUCCAAAUAAAAUGGUCAACUUCCUGUUUA